AUGGACGAAGAGUUUCAAGAAUCCGACGUUAUCUUCUCAGAUCGGGAUCGCUGCCACGACGACAUCAGCAGCAACGACAGCUACUUCACCGAGCAACAAGGCGGACGAGUGGUUCGGAGCAAGAAGAAAACGAAUAAGAAAGUAACAUCAAGUUCGCUUCCGGUUAACAUUAAUAUCCCCGGUAAUGUUUAUCAGUUUGAAGAAGAAUACGAAGACGGAGAAAUCACUCCGCCGCAUGUCAUCGUCGGGAGAAGGAUUCCGGGAAAAAUGGCGUUUUCUGUUUGUGCGUUAAAGGGGAGAGAUUUAAGACGAGUUCGGAAUUCAAUUUUAAGAAUGACCGGUUUUUUGGAAACAUGA